GCAUAAUACAACCUAAACCCAGUCUCAAGCAGGUUGGUGACAUUUUCCCUACUACCAGAUAUAUCAAGUGCAAAUGGUUAUCUGGGCGGAUGAAAUUCUAAUAUUGCUACAAAAGUUUGGGUUCAAUGAGGAGGCAGCACUCAACAUAACGCUGUUACAUGAAAAACUUCUUCAAGCUAAAGAAGAGACGGUUGUAAUAGAAAAUCCAGAAGCAAAGCAAUUACACUUUGAAAGCUUACCGAGUUUAAAGAAUUAUUCUUCUGGAGAUAUCAGUGAGUGGCCAUCACUAAAGAAAGUGACUGUGAAUCAUUGUCCCAACAUAAGAAAGUUUGGUUUGGGAAGAACAAAAUCAGUAAUCUUGAAAAACCAAUCGUCUCUGGGAGAUAUUUUUGAAUCAUGGGAUGAUUGGUUUUCAACGAUUGGUGAAUAUGAGAUUGAUGACACUGAGGAAUUACAUAAAAGAAUGCAUAACCUUCGACCUUUACAUUUCACAAACAUUGUAGUGUUUCGAGCAAAAAACUGUGAUGAAAUGUUGACUGAAUUUAUAUAUAUUUUGAUGAAGAGGUCAAAAAAGCUUCAAGUUAUUGAAAUUCAGUGUUGUAAAACAUCAGGAUAUCUAUUUGACCUUUUGGAUCGUACUUUAAUGGAUAAAGAGUUUAAGUAUUUGAGAGGAAUAAAGGAAUUAAAGCUAAUAGAAGUAUAUCAUAUGUUUUUACUAUGCAGUUGGUAUGUUCCAGAAUAUUUUGACUUCAAAAGUCUGGAAAUUGUACACCUCAAAAGUUGUCACUCUAUAAAGUUUCUCUUCGAUCCACAAUCCUUUUCCACAAGGCUUUCAGAACUAAAGGAAUUAAAGUUAGAAGCAUGUGAGACUUUAUUGCAAGUAGUUGAAUACUCCGAAUAUUCUUUGUCCUUCCCAAGAUUAAGUAAAGUGGAGCUAAAGUCUCUCUCAAAAUUUAGGAUGUUUUCUGAAAGGGAUGAUUUUUCAAGUUUGAAAACAUUGAUAAUAGAAGAAUGUCCUUGUCUAGAAGAGUUCACAAUAAACCAAGCAAUUUUAGUAGAUUUCUCAGGUCCAAAGGAUAAAACUUUACCUGAGUUGGAUGAAUUGAGAUUAGAUGGUUGUCACCUGUUGCUCUAUGUAGCCUCUUUUAAGACACCGCCCGAGAAGAUGAAAUUGAAGAAACUCUUUGUGAGUAAUUGCUAUGCAUUGAAAAUGGUUAUAUCAAAAUCUACAUACCCUACAAGUUGA